AAACAAAAAAAGGCAGGAGAUUCAAUGUGUUUUACGCACGGAUCGGUUAUAUUUUCGUGCGUAAAGGGGGCAUUUUUUGGCACGAAUCCAUAUGGAAAUUCACUGUGACUUUUUUCCCCUCUUUCUUGUAUCGAUCCAGAUCAUGUCGCCUCAUUGACACACGUUUAAACAACACGUAUCAUUUCCGUGUUUGUCAGUUUAUCGGAUUUGUCUCGUGCAAAACGGCUCCUCUCCCGUCCUUCAACUUCUGACACCAAAAUCUACCUGGAUUAUCAAAGCUAAGAUCAGAUAACAAGUCAGAAAACGAAGGCAUCCGAGACUCCACUCGUGCAGGAUCCUGUGCACGGAGGCUGUAAAUAGAUCAUAUCGGACACUAAUUUGAUUUUACACAUUCCUGCGUCUGGACCUCGAAUCUGCACAAGACAAUGAGAAAAUGAGAAUCUCUGCGGAGGAUUUUUGGUUUUUUUUGGUCUCGAUUUGGGCUCUGCUGCGAAGGACGUCCUCGGGCUUUUAAACGGGAGAUUUAUUGACGAUUUUGUCGAUGAUUUGCACGUUCAGUCUCGGAGCAAACGGAAGGGUGGGACAGCGCCAUUGGCUGUGACAGCAGGCGCUCUGCAGCCUGAUUUAUCUCUGUUUGUCCACUUUUAUCUCCAUCAAUCCAUCCUCGAAUUAACGGGGCUGAGAUUUUCUUUUUAUAUAUUUAACGAGGGCUAAAAGGACACAAGCUUCUCCAAUUUGAAAGAAAAGUGCCCAGAAAUGGUGCACCCGUGCAUACUGAAUUAGGUGUGAAAUGUAUUUCGUGUAAAGCUGCAUGCUCUGGUAAUUGUUGUGUUUUUUUUUUCUCGCUUCUAAUUGAGCAAACCUCCUGAGCCUGAGAUUUAAAAACUAGAUUUCGCCCCUGGCACACCCCCAGAGAUAAUUAACCAACCAUCACUGCCUAUCUAAGACCGAGCAAGUGUGUCUGCUGCUGUAAGAAUAGCUGUAAAGGAGGCUUUUUAUUCAGUCACAUCUCGGAUUCCUUUUUAUUCUCUGAUGGGACGAAUCGAGUGGAUUCAUUUUCAGAGCCACGAUGUUGACUCGGCUGUUCAGUGACCCCUCGCUGCUUCCAGACGUCCAGAAGUACUCCGCCUGGGCGGAGGACAGCGACAGCGAGGAACCCAAGCUCAAAGACGAAGAGCAGGACCCGCAGGACGACAUGGAGGCCUCCAAGCUGCGCGGAGGCAGCCGGACUCACUCCGAGCACGCCGGAGAGGACGACGAGGACGACGAGGUGGAGGAGGAGGACGACGGCGAGGACACGGAGGGCGACAGGCCCAAGAAGAGGGGCCCCAAGAAGCGCAAAAUGACGCAGGCCCGUGUCGAGCGCUCCAAGAUGCGGCGGGUUAAGGCCAACGCUCGGGAGCGGACCCGCAUGCACGACCUGAACUCUGCGCUCGACAAUCUGCGUAAAGUGGUGCCGUGCUACUCCAAAACGCAAAAACUGUCCAAAAUCGAGACGCUGCGUUUGGCCAAGAACUAUAUCUGGGCGCUGUCGGAGAUUCUGCGCUCCGGCAAAAGGCCCGACCUGGUGUCGUACGUGCAGACGCUGUGCAAGGGGCUCUCCCAGCCCACCACCAACCUGGUGGCCGGCUGCCUGCAGCUCAACUCCCGCAACUUCCUCACCGAGCAGCAGUGCCAGGAGGGCGGCAGGUACGGCUCCGGCUCCUUCUCCAUGCACUCGUACCCGUACCAGUGCGCGCGUCUGUCCAGCCCCCACUGCCAGCCGGGCUCGAACUCGCACCCGCUGAGGACGCACGGCUACUGCUCGGCCUACGACUCUCUGUACGGCGGCAGCGGCUCCCCGGAGUACAACAGCCCCGAGUACGAGGGGCCCCUCAGCCCGCCGCUGUGCAUCAACGGCAACUUUUCCCUGAAGCACCAGGGCUCCGCGUCCCCCGACACCGAGAAAGGGUACCACUAUUCUAUGCAUUAUUCCGGCCUGCCUGGCUCCAGACCCGCCGGGGCCCACAAUCUGGUGUUUGGCUCCUCGGGGUCCCGGAGCGGCAUUCACUCGGAAAACGUCCUGCCUUACCACGACAUGCACUUACACCACGACCGGGCCCCGGUGUACGACGAACUCAACGCGUUUUUUCACAACUGAAGCCCGUCGUGGGUGCGUCCCUCCCUGCCCGUCUUUGCAAUCAAACAAUCUCUCCACGGCACUCCUGCUUUCUGGACCGGAUUUAGGCAUCCUGGAAGAAUCUCUCACUCGUUGUCAUUAGUGUGUUUUUAUUCCUUUUCAUUUCUCUCAAAUGUGCUUCAGUCGGGGAUGUGGUGGAGGAUAAAUCCACCCAAAAUCUGAUUUUACGCAACAGAAUUCAUCCGUAAGAAGGAAUCAGAUCUGUGACGGGAAUAUAAAGUGUUCAUAUUUUAUUUUGAAUGCGUGAUUUGUGUUUGUAUUUUGGUGGUUGUUUGCAUUUUAAAGGCUGGAAAGUCAAAGUUUAUUCGCCACUACAUCUCUGGCUGCAGCUGAAAUGACAUCCGGCUGAUGCACGUCGACAUUUUACGCGAGAUUUUUUUAAAGUGGGGAAACAAUGAAAUCAAUGAAAUCUGAAGGGGAAAAUGCAGGAAAUAAAACGAGUUGGGUUGUUUUCGUUGCUUUUUUCCCCCUUUGGUUCUCCAGCAAAUCAAUCGUUUCGCAUCUAUGCAAAACCCAACGAGCCCACAGAACGAAGCAGAGAGGCCCACGAACACGCCGUUUGUCUCAUUAGCACUGUUGCUGCUGCACGCACGGGUGCGCGCAGACACACACACACACGCACACACACACACGCACACACACACACACACACACACACACACACACACACACACACACACACACACACACACACACACACACACACACACUUAAAUCAACACACAUGUAGUCUGACAGUGGGUUGGCCAAGAUGUUCAACUUCUAAAAGAAAAAGAAUUCAUGAAAUUCACUGAAAUCAGACAUUUUUUUCUGUUGAUUUUUUUACUCCUAUUUAUUCUUCUAAUUGAGUCAUUGCACUGUAUUUUGAUUUUUAAAUUUUUUUGGUUCAAUCUUUUUAUUUAUUUAUUUAUUUGCAAUCUGCUAUGAUGAAUCAGUUGAUUAUUAUUAUUAUUGCACGUAUUUAUUGUGUUGUUUUUUUGUAAUUACUGUUAAUAGUCUGGAAAUGAAGGGAACCCUGUGUUGCUGAGCAUUGUUUUGUUUUCUUUUUUGUUUUUUUUCAUAAAAUUCAAGACUUUCAACUUUGUAUUCAACCAACUGUGUGGUAAAACUAAUAAAAUGACGAUAAACGAGA